GAGACACUGGCUGAAAGUAGCGGAGGGGCUGCGCGCGAGCUGAAGAGCUAGCCGGCUAGCUAGCGUUGGCCAUUGCCGUCUUUUUAUUUUUAUUUUAAACAGUUUAAGGAUUUUAUGGUAGUUACUCAGUAUUUUGAGCACUCACUGGGAGCGUUAUACCAUUAACUCAUUAAAAACAUACUGCUCAGAGUGUUUUCCUCGGUCGUACUUUCGAACUGGCGGAAUGGAUAUUAGCUGGCCAGCUAGCUGACAAGCCACCUUCGAGCUAGCAUCAAAGUUGUCGAAACUAGCCGAAGCCGCUUUUUUUUUUUAAUUGGAGGUUUUAUUUAUUAUUUUUUAAAAUAUACUUUACAAGUAGGUCACUGAGUGGCCGUUCCUAAAGUUUAGGAAAACCCACCAGAGAAAUUAGGGUUGUGAAAGUGGAGAAGGCGGAAAAGGAGCCGCGGUCUCCUCGCCUGUGUCCCGGCGCGAUGUUUCCCAACUCCCAGAACCAGGUGGUGUUCCCCAACCAGCAACAGCAGCAGCAGCAGCAACAACAGCAAGCUUUACAGCACCUCCAGUUCCACCCCAAGCCCGCGCUUCAGAUAAAGAAAAACGCCAUAACAGACGACUACAAGGUCACUAACCAGGUCCUGGGUUUGGGUAUCAAUGGGAAGGUGUUGGAAAUCGUUCAGAAGAAGAACGGGGAGAAGUACGCGCUGAAGAUGCUGCAGGACUGUCCCAAAGCCAGGCGUGAGGUAGAGUUGCACUGGCGAGCAUCACCUUGUGCUCACAUCGUGCGUAUCAUUGAUGUAUAUGAAAACCUGCACCAGGGCCGCAAGUGCUUACUCAUCGUCAUGGAGUGUAUGGAUGGUGGGGAGCUUUUCAGUCGAAUUCAGGACCGAGGGGACCAGGCAUUCACUGAGAGAGAAGCUUCAGAUAUCAUGAAGAGUAUUGGAGAAGCCAUCCUGUUUCUGCACUCUAUCAAUAUAGCACACAGAGACGUCAAGCCAGAAAACCUCUUGUAUACCUCAAAACGACCCAACGCCGUCCUCAAACUCACAGACUUUGGAUUUGCAAAAGAGACGACCACACUGAAUUCGCUGGCCACCCCAUGUUACACUCCCUAUUAUGUUGCCCCUGAAGUUCUUGGUCCAGAAAAAUAUGACAAAUCCUGUGAUAUGUGGUCUUUGGGUGUCAUCAUGUAUAUUCUGCUCUGUGGCUACCCACCUUUCUAUUCCAAUCAUGGUCUGGCCAUAUCACCUGGGAUGAAGAGGAGGAUCCGCAUGGGACAGUAUGAGUUUCCCAAUCCUGAAUGGUCCGAAGUCUCAGAAGAAGCCAAACAACUCAUCAAGAGGUUGCUAAAGACAGAGCCCUCAAUGAGGAUGACCAUAUCAGAGUUUAUGUACCAUCCCUGGAUCAAUCAGUCGAUGGAAGUGCCACAGACCCCCUUGCACACCAGCCGUGUACUAAAAGAAGAGAAAGAUGUCUGGGAGGAAGUCAAGGAGGAAAUGACUAGUGCCUUGGCCACCAUGAGAGUGGACUACGAGCAGAUCAAAAUCAAGACCAUUGAGGACUCCUCCAAUCCACUGCUGAUGAAGAGGAGAAAGAAAGCGAACAUGGCUGCUGAAAAUCAGACACCCAACAGCUGAGGACAGUGUUGGUCUCAAAUGCAUCCAUAUAUCUGUUGGUUCUAAAGGUUAUAAUAAGGAAGCAAUAAUUCAUUAAAAAAUGGCAACGUUAGAGGGAAUGGAAAUUAAAACAGAUUCUGAUCUUAUCUCUUUUACUGAUGUUUUUUUUUUCUGUUUUCUAAAGAAUUCUUUUUAUUACUCAGUCUUUGUAACUCUUUAACCACUCUGUGUCAUGAAAAGGCAUUCAGAAAUUUGGAAAGCCAAAGGGUUAUGUAUUCCCAAAAGAGCUGAUCUCUGUAGUUGCUCGAUCAUAUUUACAAUUAGUGUUUUCUCACUUGGUGUUUUGGUUUAUUGGUGGAGAGACUACAGAAGACUGCAGCUUUUUCUGUUUCCCUUUCCACCCCCUCAAAUCAAAGCCAUUGGUACAUUUAUCACACGCACACUUGUCACUGAUAUUUAAUUUCCUAUUAAUUUGUUUUGGAUGUGAAAACCAGGUUUCACUCUAUUUUGAUGGGUUGUUCAGUUUGCAUGUGCAUUUCUCAGGUGCUUGUUAUAGAACUACCAGAGGAACUCAUGCCUUAUGCAAGCUUUCUCACAAAGUGCGUCCACCCCCAAUCCCCCACUCCCUCCACUCCCUUCUCAGAAACACCCCUGCACUUUUAUGUGUUUAAAAGGCUAAUCUGAAAAAAGGGUAAUGCUAUCAUCACUGACGUGCAAACAGAGCAAACUUGUUCUUGAAAUGACUUGUCGAAUGUAGACGAACUCUCUUCCUGACUGUGAAGCUCUUGGAACGCCUCGCUCACACUGCCUCUAGAGGUCCAGUCAUUCAAAGGGUUCGGAUUUCUUCAGAGCUUCACAUUUCGUUUUUAGUGGCCUGUGUUGCUGAGGUUAUUCUGCUGGUUUGACAGUGGGACGUCUUUUGACUUCUAAUUAAAAAGACUCCGUUUACACAAGGAGACACCUCUCCAGCACGUUUUAUACGUCUUUUACCCAAUUCACGCUCAUUUUUAUGCUUUAAGCACCCUGUUUGGGUGUUCUGCAGUUUGCCUCGUCAAUGCUAUGCAUAUUAUCCACCAGCUUUUUUAUACUCUGGUCAGUGUUUAUGUUGAAAAUUAUCUAAGGUUAUACUGUUAGUUUUACACUGUCUUGGCCCUCAUCAGUAAAAUGCACAACCCUUUUAGGAAUUGAUCAGUAUAUCAAGGGAAUGUCUUGUUGUGAAUGGACACUGAUGGAUGAAAAGUUUUGUUCUUUCCAGUGGCUGUGCAUUCGUUUUUUUUUUUUUUUGUCCAUGCUAAGCCACAUAAGAAUGAACUUGCUAUGUGAAAACAUUUGUAUAAUAAUCAGAGAUCCAUAUCCUCUGACUUCAGUCACCAAGUGUUAUACUGGUAUUUUUUUUUUCUUUCUUUUAUGUGCCCUUUUGUUGUAGGGAUCAGGUUUAAACCACCCAGUGCAGCAUCUCAAGUAGUGUGGUGGUAAAAAGUAUCUUUAUAUGUACAGGAAAUCAUCCCAGCGAACUGGCAUUGCUGUUUUCUGUAGCACUGAUGGGCAGGAUGGCGAUUUAUCCUUUUUGUUCAUUUUUUUAAUCCAAAUUUUAUAUAUAAACAUAUGGAGACAGGUUAAUGUAUUGAAAGUACUGAGUGGAAGCAAUGGACUGCUAACUCUAGCUAAUUCAAAGGAUUUCUGUGCUCCUGUUUCCCCUCCAGUGUGGAAAUUGGAAGACAUGUUGUUAUUAUUAUUAUUAUUAUUUUUUGCAUAUCCUUGCUAUUCAUUUGUAAGCCAUUCUCACACUCUUUUUAUUUUCUCAGCAGUUUUUUUUUUCCUUUGGUAAAAAUCUGACAAAAAUGAUGUAGAGAUUUAUGAAUCCCAGGCUAACUUUUUCAGCACAGAACCAAAAAUGUAUUUUCAGUGUUCAGCUGCUGUACUCCAGUCUUGGUCUGCUUCAACUUUGGAUUAAAAUACAUGAAAACAAA